AUGAAAGAUUUGGCACUUUUCAGUAAGAAGCGAAUUAUUGAAAUUAAAAAAAACCAUAAGUCUUUACCCGAUGAUUCAUUUGCAGUGUUUUGCAAAGUUUACGGAACGUUUGUUGAUCAAGAAACAUUAAAAGCAGAGUUCCUUAAAUUUUGUAAUGUGUAUGAAUUGUUUGAGAAAACAACUAUUCUACCUGAACAUUUUCACGUUUCUGACAAAAGUGAUACAGAAAGCAUUAGUUCAUUUGAAGAGGAGACUGAUCAAGAACAGGAAUUUGAGUUACCUAAGCGCAAGCAAAUAAAUCCAAUAAAUAUCGGUAGCUUGAAAACUAUUUUCAAAGUGUUCCAAAAUGGUGGUUUGGGAAAUACAUUUCCAUCACUAGAUGCUGCCCUGAGGAUAUCUCUGACAAUUCCAUUAUCUAGUGCUUCUACAGAAAGGUCAUUUUCCAAAUUGAAAAUCAUAAAAUCUAGACUUCGCACGACUAUGUCUCAAGCUAGAUUGGAAGACCUUAUGGUCAUAAGUUGUGAACAAGAUAUUGUUGAUGAAAUGGAUCAUGAAGAAAUUCUCCACAAGUUUGCAGCCAAUAGCAUUACAUUAACAAAAUAUUUAAUUUAA